GACCUGAACUGUAUGUCAUGUGUGCGUGAAUGUGCGUCCGCGUGUAUCAAGUGAGAGUGUGAGGACAUUUGCCCAUCUUUGUCCCAAGGCCAAAAAGUUUGAGCACCUGCUGUAUGUAAAUUUUUCUGUCUUGAAGGACCUCCCAGUGGGCGUGAUCAUAGAACCACCUUAUAAAUUUGCCUUCGUGACGUCGCCGCCAGUCGCGCUUGAGCGAUGUGCCGCGCACGACCCUGUCACACUUUUUUCUUUUAAAUUACCAUAUGGACUUUGCGUCGGAAAUCCGCUGCAUUCCUUAUCUUGUUUAGUUUUUAUCAUGCUGAAGAACAACGGGAAGAAGACGGCCGUCUGCGUGAGCACCGCGGCGGUUCUCUGCCUGCUGAUGUUGUUGGUCGCCGUGCGCCAUCGCGGAGCUCAAGUGCGCGCGAAGAGCACCGAUCAGGAGGACACUCGGUCGCUACCCGGGGCCGAAGCGGGGGAGGCUACGGCGCAAGGCGGUGGGCAGAAGGGCUUCUCGGCGUACUUCGGCAAGCUGAGCCGCGGGCGCAGGGCGGCGGAGAAGCCCGCUGCGCGCUCCUCUGGCUCCGCCGGGGACACCGCAACCCCGCCGGCCGAGGACAUCCGACCCGAUGACUUGUUCAUCGCGGUGAAGACCACCAAGAAGUUCCACCAGUCCAGACUCAACCUGCUUCUGGACACUUGGAUCUCUAGGAGUAUGCAACAGACAUACAUCUUCACAGACGGUGAGGAUGAGGAGCUCAAAAUGAAAAUCGGGAGUCACGCUAUCAACACUAACUGUUCGGCCGCUCACAGCCGACAGGCCCUGUCCUGCAAGAUGGCCGUGGAGUAUGACAAGUUCAUUGAGUUGGGCAAGAAGUGGUUCUGUCAUGUUGACGACGACAACUACGUGAACGUUCGCGCUCUGCUCAAGCAGCUUUCUCAGUACCAGCACACCCAGGACGUGUACAUCGGAAAGCCCAGCCUGGACAGGCCCAUAGAAGCCACGGAGAGGCUGGGCGACAAUAAGAUGAAACCGGUUAACUUCUGGUUUGCUACUGGGGGGGCAGGCUUCUGUGUGAGUCGCGGUUUGGCACUCAAAAUGAGCCCCUGGGCCAGCGGCGGCCAUUUCAUGAACACGGCGGAGAAGAUCCGCCUGCCCGACGAUUGCACCGUGGGCUACAUCAUCGAGUCAGUGUUGGGCGUCUCGCUCAUACGCAGCAACUUGUUCCACUCACACCUGGAGAACCUGCAACAAGUGUCUAGAUCGGAGAUCCACAAGCAGAUUACUCUCAGUUACGGGAUGUUUGAAAACAAGAGCAAUAUCAUCAAUUUGAAAGGAGCUUUUCCUGUUGAGGAGGAUCCAUCCAGGUUCAAGUCGGUGCACUGCCUGGUGUACCCCGACACUCCGUGGUGUCCGCCCCAGGUUGCUUUGUAGGGCGACCGCUCCUCUCUCAUCCUCGUCCUGCGCCUUGCCUCGGUAUCUGAAAGGCGGGCAUGGACCAGCGUUUUUCGUCAGUGUCAAGACCGCGUCGCCGCUGGGUUCUUCCAGCGAGCGCUACGGCGGGCUUUUUCGUGUAAGUGGGCUGCUGUGCGGGCCGCCGAUUAUGGGACUACCGCCACUUCUAAGUGGAUUUCAACUUUUUUUUUUUAAAGUUUGCAGGCAAUCUGUUGAGCUUUUUGUAUUUGUUGCUUGUAAAUGUAUCUUGCAAUUCUCAUAGAAUGUAUUUCCUAUUUACAUGACCUUUUUUUGCCAGCUUUACGCCGCCUUUUACUUUAUUUUUUUUAAUGUGAGCGUUUUAAAAAUGGAAACGCUUCUAAGCAUUUUGAUUCUGGACAAAUGCUUUCAUGUGAAGAUUUUGUUGUGCUUUUAUGUAAACAGUGUUAAGACUGACCUAUUUUGAAGGUCAUCAGAAUGAAGCACUUUGAUCCUCUUCAAAAGAAAAAAAAAAUAGACAUCUUGGAAUGACUUCAGAUUUGUGUCCAAACAAACCAAACCCCUGCAAAAUCUCUUCUAUUCAUUUGCAUCUAACUUAUAAAUGCGCUCCUUGCAUGCGUUACAAUCAGGGAGGGAAAUAAUGAACGGGGGGAGUUUUUGAUUUGGUUUUUUGUUUGUUUGAUUUGUUAGACUUUUGAAUUGUUGAAAAAUUGCACAGCUGAAUUUCAAAUGAGCUGAUUCAUCACUCGGGGAAAGAUGCUCGCCUCUCAAGGCUCGAAGCCAAGAAAAUCAUGUGUACUCUUGCACAAAAAAAAAAACAUGAUCGAUUGUAAUAUGCUUUUCCUUGCUGAGUUCUGCGAGGCGACAACUUAACCUGAGCGACAUCAGCGUCUCUGCAUGGAGUCGACCCAUAUUGGGUUACGCUGUACAUGGCGACUACAGUAUUGUAUACUGUGCUUUUGUUAGCGACCGUUAUGUACAGGAAUGUUUUCGAAUGUAAUGUGGUUUACGUCGGCUUUUGUGGGAAUUGUGUCGUACUGCUUUUUUUUUUACAUUUUAAAUUCUCCAGCAUCUGGAGGGCUGGAACUGUUCAUUCCCAAUGAUGACAUCUCAGGGAUUAUGAUCUGAUCCUGCUAUUUAACUAACAAGUCGCCCCGUGUUGGGGGCCCAGAACGUCAAAAAUAAAAGUGCAAAACCACUGAGAAA